AUGGGUCACUCCCACUUCCUCGAUUUUAUGACCAUGUUGACAGCUGGCCUGUCCACCCUGCCACAUACCGGAGGUCCUGGGCCAAGAUCCCCUGGGCUGCGGUCUUGGGCCAGUCCACCUGCCACUUCCAGGUGGAGGUUUGAGAAGGUAGAGAUUGACUUCAAGAAGUCAGCCAACAAUCACUACAGGCUGGAGGGAGGCAACUUGGUCAUCAGCAACCCUGACAAGAGCAAGCACGUGGGGAACUACACCUGCGAGGCCACCAACGACUACGGCACCGUGGUCAGCAUGAAGGCCUCCGUCCAGUUCGGCUUCCUGGACAUGUUCUCCACGGAGGAGCGCGAGGCGGUGCAUGUGAAGGAGGGCCAGGGUGCCGUGCUGCUGUGCGCGCCCCCGCCACACUACCCAGAUGACCUGUCCUACCGCUGGAUGCUCAACGAGUUUCCUAUCUUUAUCCCGCCCACUGACCGGCAGUUUGUCUCGCAGACCACCGGCAAUCUCUACAUCUCCAAAGUGGUGGCGGCCGACAGCGGCAACUACUCCUGCUUCGUGUCCAGCCGCUCUAUCGCCAAGAGUGUUUUCAGCAAGUUCAUCCCUCUGGUGCCUCUGUCUGAACGUUUCCCACGCAAGUACCGAGCCGACAUCAACGUCAUGUUCCCCGAGACGAACGCCUUGGUCGGCCAGAACAUCACACUGGAAUGCUUCGCCCUGGGAAACCCCAUCCCCAAGAUCCGCUGGAAUAAGGUGGAUGGGGAGCUGCCCCCCGCGCACGAGAUCAGCAUGGCCGGUGGUCAGCUGCACCUAAUGAACGUGCAGUACGAAGACGAAGGCAUCUACGAGUGUGAGGCCAUCAACAUCAAGGGCAAGCACAAGCACAAGGCCAAGGUCAACGUGGAGGCUGCUCCUGAGUGGGUGGAGCACAUCGUGAGCGCCGAGCGUGACAUCGGCAGCUCCUACACUAUGUCCUGUGAAGCCAGUGGGAAACCCAAGCCCCACAUCCGCUGGAUGAAAAACGGCCACCCGCAGUAUGGCAUGCACCAACUGAAGUUCAGCGAGCUGACCUUUAAGGACUCGGGGAUGUACCAGUGCAUCGCAGAGAACCGCCACGGGGUCCUCCACGCCAACGCAGAACUGCGCGUGUUUGCGGGUGGCCCGACGUUUGAGCACAACCCGUUGAAGAGGAAGACCCUGGCGGCCAAGAACAGCCGUGUGGUGAUCGAGUGCAAGCCCAGGGCCGCCCCCAAGCCCACGUUCUCCUGGAGCAAGGGGACAGAGCUGCUGUCAAACUCUUCCAGGAUAUUGAUUUGGGACGACGGUAGCUUGGAAAUCAUCAACGUUACCAAAGCAGAUGAGGGGAGCUAUACGUGCUUUGCUGAGAACGGAAGAGGGACGGGUAACAGCACUGGCUUCCUCUCCAUCACAGAUGCGACCAAGAUCACCCUGGCGCCCGCCAAUGCUGAUGUCACUGUUGGGGAGGCCGUCCGGAUGCAGUGCGCCGCGUCACAUGACUCCACACUGGACAUCACCUUCAUCUGGUCCCUGGAUGGACGGGCCAUUGACUUUGACAGAGACCGCGAGCAUUAUGAACGUGUGGAUGGAGACUCGGGUGGAGAGAUGUUGAUUAAGAGCACACAGCUGAACCACGCUGGUCGCUACACCUGCACGGCCCAGACUCCCGUGGACAACGUCACAGCAUCCGCUGACCUCGUCGUCAGAGGCCCUCCUGGACCUCCUGGGGGUGUGCGUCUGGACGAGGUCCGAGACAGGUCCGUGCGUCUGACCUGGAGUCAGGGCAAAGACAACCACAGCCCCAUCUCCAAGUACACCGUCCAGUACAGAGACAUGCGGUCAGGAGGCCAGUGGAAGGAGGCUGUGACCUCUCCUCCACAUGUGGAGGGAAACACGGACACGGCCUCUGUGGUGGACUUGAUUCCGUACACUGAAUACGAGUUCCGGGUCAUCGCUACCAACACGUUGGGCACGGGAGACCCUAGUGACCCCUCCCAGAAGGUCACCACCCUGGAGUCAGUUCCUGUGGUGGCACCGUCAGACGUCGGUGGAGGGGGAGGAAGCAGCAGGGAGCUGACUAUAACAUGGACGCCUGUGCAGCCAGAGUACUACUAUGGCAAGAACUUUGGCUACAUCGUGGCCUUCAAGCGGGAGGACAGCAUGGAGUGGUUGAAGGUUACGGUGGCGGACCCUCAGGCCAGGCGCUACGUGCACAAGGACUCCACCAUCCCCCCCUUCACCAAGUUUGAUGUCAAGGUCAAGGCCUUCAACAACGAAGGAGAGGGUCCCUUCAGCAUCCCAGCAAGCGUUUACUCAGCAGUCGAUGUUCCAUCAGUGACUCCUGGCGUCAUAGACAGCAGGGCCCUGUCAGCCACGGAGGCGAUUCUAUUCUGGGCCCCUGUGAUGCAGUCCAUAGAGGGCUAUCAGCUGAAGUACUGGAGGAAGGAAGUGGAGAACGAGUCGACCAACCCGCCCAUCAUGGUGUCCAGCAUGGACAACCACACUCGCGUGGAGAGACUGAGGCCCAACUCACUCUACGUCGUGGAGGUGCGGGCGUACAACUCGGCUGGACUGGGCCCUCCCAAAAGGGCCGAGCUCGUCACCAGGAAACCACCACCAAGUCGGCCUCCUAAGAUUGUCAGCACGAAGCUGAACCCGAGCGGCACGUCAUUCAACAUCGCGUGGGAGCACUUGGCCUCUCUGGCCAAUGAGUCUAAAGUCGAGGGCUACAAGAUCCUCUACAGGCAGGAUAGCCAUGCCACGGGCAUCUUAUACUCCACGCCCAAGCAGCACAUAGACCUGCCCAUGCCCAAGGAUGGAGAGCCACUGGUGGAGGUCCGAGCGUACACUGAGGGUGGGGAUGGGGCAGUGGCUCAGGUGCGGGUCUCAGGUAGCCAAUUAGGUGGAGCUGGAAUGACCGCCCCGUCCCUGGGCCUGGCCACGCUGCUCCUGGUGGCACUCUCUUGCGCGGGACUCUGAAUGUAGCUCCAUCCUUACCUGUCUGCAGCCCCACCCUCGGUGAAGAGGACUCUGUAAGGAUGCUGCCUGUGACCACUCAGACUCUUGCUUUCCACAGUCUUUGUUUGGUUUCGACCUCGCAAACCAAAAUGCCAUAUUUCCCUCCCUGGAAUAAGACUGUGGAAAAAAAAACAUAUGAAAAAGACAGACUGUGGGAAAAACAUCUCAGAAAGUACAAAGACAUCCUGGAUAUCCCUUAUUUAGUAUCUUCAAAAUAUCUUUGGAUGAAUGAUGAAAGAGUUCUCUCAACUUGUUCAAUAUGCCUUAUAUAAAUCUCUUCAUUUAUCUUUCACAGAUGAACUACUUGCUUGUAUUGAUAUGGGUCGAGGAUAAUUUUCUUUUGUGGUUUUAUUUGUUGAGGUGUAAUGUAGAUCUGCCCAUAUGCAUGGGGGACAUUGGAUACUGUUGCCUUCAGGCAUGUUAUGAGAUGUGUGUUAUGGAUGAAUUCUUCAACAAUAUGCUCCAUAUCUACUGCAAGUAAUUCACAAUGAAAGAUAGGCGUAGGGAUGUCAGAAAUCAUUUUACAUGUAGUUUGCUAUAAGUGGCUUUCCCCUUUUUUAAUGUUUUAAUAAUCAAGCACACCCUCCCUUAACAGAUCAAAUUAAAUUACCCAACAAUUCAGGCAUAUAAAUGUACAAUAUUAAACAUAAACUUCAGUAUAAAAGCUCAUAUUAUGCUAAUAUUAUAUGCAAUAAUUUAUAAGCUAUUGAUUUAUCCAUGAUCAAACAUUACUUUCUUAUCAACUCAACUCAUCCUUUAUUAAAAGAUCAUUUUAUUCAGAAUAUUGUGAUUUUGUUGCCCUAACCUGGACUUAGGGAGUUCAGUACAAGUAACAUCCUUCUGUGCAUGUAGACAUGUUCCUCUGAUGGGGAAUACAAAUGCUGUUAAUAAUGUCCAAUUGACUGCAGACGUUCAGCAAAGAGUGUUGUACAUGUUCACGUGAAGCACAUUUAUCUGUGUUAAACUAAGUUGAAUGUACAGUGAUAUUGUGUGGCGGUGAGAUAAAGCUAUGCUUGGCUACCCAACUUAUGAUUUCAAACACAAGCACAACCCCAUACAGUACAUUACGUGCCGAGAUCACAUCACGUCACCAUGCCCAGAUCAACCCCAUACAGUACGUGCUGAGAGCAUGUCACCAUGCCCAGAUCACAACCCCAUACAGUACGUGCUGAGAUCAUGUCACCAUGCCCAGAUUAACCCCAUACAGUACGUGCUGAGAUCACGUCACCAUGCCCAGAUCACAACCCCAUAC